AUGGGACUCGGCGCUCUAUGGGACUCGGCGCUCUAUAUAUGGGACUCGGCGCUCUAUAUAUGGGACUCGGCGCUCUAUAUAUGGGACUCGGCGCUCUAUAUAUGGGACUCGGCGCUCUAUAUAUGGGACUCGGCGCUCUAUAUAUGGGACUCGGCGCUCUAUAUAUGGGACUCGGCGCUCUAUAUAUGGGACUCGCCGCUCUAUAUAUGGGACUCGGCGCUCUAUAUAUGGGACUCGGCGCUCUAUAUAUGGGACUCGGCGCUCUAUAUAUGGGACUCGGCGCUCUAUAUAUGGGACUCGCCGCUCUAUAUAUGGGACUCGGCGCUCUAUAUAUGGGACUCGGCGCUCUAUAUAUGGGACUCGCCGCUCUAUAUAUGGGACUCGCCGCUCUAUAUAUGGGACUCGCCGCUCUAUAUAUGGGACUCGCCGCUCUAUAUAUGGGACUCGCCGCUCUAUAUAUGGGACUCGCCGCUCUAUAUAUGGGACUCGCCGCUCUAUAUAUGGGACUCGCCGCUCUAUAUAUGGGACUCGCCGCUCUAUAUAUGGGACUCGCCGCUCUAUAUAUGGGACUCGCCGCUCUAUAUAUGGGACUCGCCGCUCUAUAUAUGGGACUCGCCGCUCUAUAUAUGGGACUCGCCGCUCUAUAUAUGGGACUCGCCGCUCUAUAUAUGGGACUCGCCGCUCUAUAUAUGGGACUCGCCGCUCUAUAUAUGGGACUCGCCGCUCUAUAUAUGGGGCUCGCCGCUCUAUAUAUGGGCUCGCCGCUCUAUAUAUGGGGCUCGCCGCUCUAUGGGGCUCGCCGCUCUAUGGGGCUCGCCGCUCUAUGGGGCUCGCCGCUCUAUGGGGCUCGCCGCUCUAUGGGGCUCGGCGCUCUGGGGCUCGGCACUCCAUGGGACUCGGCGCUUCAUGGGACUCGGCGCUUCAUGGGACUCGGCGCUCUAUGGGACUAGGCACUAG